CGACUCAAAAUUGCAUCUUCUUAAAUACGGUAAUUCUCCAACUACUGCAAUCAGUAGGGAAUUCUAAUUUCGCGAACACGCGGUUCUUUCUUGUUAGAAGGUAUUUGAAGAAUUAAAAGCUUUUUAGCCUUUCGGAUAAUUGCUUUUAUUUUUCUCAUUUUUUACUGUUCGGCUCUUUAUUUUUUUUUUUUUUUUCCAUUAUUUAGUUUUUUCCCUCUCUUUUUUUUUCUUUAGACGGUUCCCCUUUCCAUUCUUUUUUAAUUAGAUUGCUCAUAUAGCAACGGGUUUUACUGGGAAUAGAGUUCAUUGGACAAAUCGGUUUGCUCAAAUCCUACAUUCGUUACUAAUCCUUUUUUUUUGUAUUCGCCGAACGAAUACUUUUAAAGUCAAUUCCUGGCCUAUUGUCUUGUUCACUUACUAAAAACUACUUUGGACUUCAAUUACUCUCACAAUUUGUUUGAGUGAUACGUACCUCGACCGAAAAAUGUCUGUUUUAAAAAAUGUUUUCGUUUUAGGCAUGCUUAUGGCUUCCGCCUUAGGCUGUUAUGCUGCAGACCCAGCUGAACUUGUUGCUUUGGGAAUUACAGAAAAAAAAGGUUUGAUUCGAAGCUUUGUGUUUGCCAUUAGUAUGAUUUUUGGCUGCGAAUUGGGUGAUAAAACAUUCAUUGUCGCUGCCUUGCUCGCCAUGGAAAACUCGCGUGUCACCGUUUUCUUAGCAUCUUACGGUGCAUUGGCCCUCAUGACCCUUUUGGGCUGUGUCAUUGGUUCCGCUGUUCCCUAUUUAAUUAACAAACAAUUCACCGACAUUAUUGGUGCCUGCCUCUUCUUGCUGUUCGGGUACAAAAUGAUCCAAGAAGCUCGCGAAGUAGGCGAGGGUAAUGCCAUGGAGGAAGAAUUCUUGCAUGUCAGCAACGAAAUCCGAGCAACCGAUUCUCUUCCUGAGCGUUUGGAAGCAGGUGCGAACGGUGCAACGAAGACACCUAAGCAAACAUUGCUCAUUCGAGUCCGUGAGGGAUUCAGCAAUCUCACCACCUUUUUGUUGUCUCCCACAUUCGUCAAGGCUUUCUCUCUAACUUUUGUUGGCGAAUGGGGCGACCGCUCGCAAAUUGCUACCGUCACUCUGGCUGCUACGGACAAUUUUAUGAUGGUGCUCCUUGGUAGUUUGGUCGGCCAUGCUUGCUGCACCGGUCUGGCUGUCGUCAGCGGAAAACUGGUGGCCUCGAAAGUGAGCCCUCGUGUCUUGAUGCUCUUCGGCGGUGCCUUGUUCGUCCUCUUCGGCUUGGUUUACAUGUACAAUGGUGUUUUCCCUCAACCCGAAUAGACGCUCACUGCGGACAAAAAAUGCUUACAUAACACGAUGCUAGACUUUUAUACAUACAUAUACAUACCCUCCACACACAAAAACAUCAAUGAGAACAAACGAAAGUUCACCUAAAAAUACAAAAAAAAUAAUCCAUGCAAACAGCUCCCUCGCACUUGCUCAUUGCGCAACUGGAGUGCCCUGUUCCGGAGUACCGCCUAGUUCUUGGAGCCGCUUACGAUAUGACUGAAUCAUCUCGUUCACUUUUCCGACGGCAAUGUCGAGUUUGUCCACUUCGUCCUGUUCACGCUGUAAAGAAAACUCGUGGCCAGGUUCUGGCUCAACAGCAAGCCCGUGCCCAUCACCGAUCGCGUGCUGAGUAAGAAUAUUAUACAUAAUCUCAGUCGGCUCGUUGAAGACAACUUCCUCAUACUGCUCUGAUUUCACAUACUCGUUCAGAGGUGUCACUGUAUCACCCGUCGUCAAAUAUGCAUGGAGUUUAAGCCGAUGAAAGAAUGUUAUGGGCUUUUCAUGUGCCUCAGGCGGGAAAAACACUCGAAUCAUGAUGUCGAAUUCUCCCCAACCCGUUUCAUUCACUUCAAACGGUGGCUCCUCAAUGAUUCUCGUGGAGUUGUGAUACGUGUCGUGCAGUUUGAAGACGACCUUUCUUAUCCAAGGCGAAAUAUCCUCUCCGUCCACUCCUUCCACAAAGAUUCGCCAAUGGUGAGUAUGAUCUUUGGGUGCAUUUUGUUUCUCUUCUUCCGUCAACGGUUUUGCGUCGUUUCCAACAAUAAUUGGUCUUGAUAUCUGACACUUGCUAAUCCGAUGAAUACCCAUCUCUAAAUAUUUUGCACUAUAGUGAUGUUUUGAACCUGUUUUCGUUUCGUCGUCUCUCGUUCUUCGUAAACCCUUUUCUCUUUAAUUCAAAUAGACAGAAACUGUAUAUUAAGUUCAGAAACACUUUUUAAAGCUAAUUGCUUUUGUUAUUUUCCAGCGAUUCCUCGUUUAUUCGUUUUCUUGUUUUUUGGCUCUGGU